UUUUGAAGGAAUGAAGCGAGGGGGCCAUUUUUAUCUCUUUAGGGAGGGCAUUCCAGAGGUGGGGCGCAAUCACGGAGAAGGCCCUCUCUCUCGUUCCUACCCGUCGUACUUGGGGUGGGGGUGGGACCAAGAUUAGGGCUUCCUCUGCUGACCGCAAUGUCCGAGUUGGUUUAUAAGUCCAUGAUGACCAAACCACAUGAUUCCAAACAUCAUUUUCAUAUGGUAGUAAUGAUAGCUCUGACUGACACACACACACAUUAGAAAGGUAAAUUAGAAGAGUUGUAGCUCUAUUGAUACAGUGGAGCCAUUCCACCCAUUUUACAUAAAUGGCAUCUUUUUACUAUGCCGUUGUAUAUAAUGGAUCUUAGAGCAUUCACAAAUUUUGGUAUCCAUGAAGGGUUUUGGAACCAAACCCCAGCUACACAUGUUAACUGAAAUUACAAGAAAUUGUUUUGUGGUUAUAUCUAAGUAUAGACAUAUUUUUUUUAUUAAAAACACAGCAUGUGUACACAGUCAUUUUAGUGACAUCCCCUCUGAUGGUGUCACCCAGUAUGGCUCGCACCACCUAAUAAUUUUGUCACAGAAUUGUAUACGAUUUCCGAACAGACAUUUUUUUUCCUCCCCUCUGAAAUUACCAUUACAUUUUCUGCACAGUUAGAUAACACAGAUUGAGGUCAUUUUAAAAGUCUUGCUUGUCAGAACUCUUACUCAGCUAAAAUAAGCAAUAACUAUAAAGGCUGCAUUCCUGUGCACAUUUGACAUUCAGCCGUUUGCCUCAACGCAGUACCUUUUGACACUGAAAAUAUUGACUGAGGUUGAUGGGAGCAGCAAUACACAACGUGUGGGAAACAAUUUUGAGGGAAAAGUUGUCAAGGAAUAAAUCCCUCUGAAUUCCAGAAGUUAAUUCCAAACAAAUAUUUAUGUAACCUGGUUGUAUAGCCCAUUGAAAGCCUUUUCACUUUUACUGGAACUAGCAGCGUAAUUUUGUGCAAAUUUGAUCAGUAAGUCUUGUAUUUAAUAUCAGCUGUCAGAAUUUAAGACACAACUGAAGACCCUUCUCUUUGGGCAGGCCUACCCGGUCAAUUUGAAGUUGUGAAUUUUAAUCUGCAAUUAAUUAGUGGAUUUUGACUUGUAUUUUAAUUCUGUGUGUCUUGUUGUAUGUCUUUUGAUAGUGUUUUAUCUCUUGUUUUCAUGAUGUUGUAUCCUGCUUCAAGCUGCAGGGAGAGGCAGGUAAUACAUUCAGCAUUAUUAUCACCAUCAUCAUCAUAAUUAAUAAUAUGGCUUACUCAUUAGUGAAUGGCUUCAGAAUUGCAGACUAAGGACUUGUCUGUAAUAGUCAAACAGACUCAUCUCAGAUAGAAUACCGCCUGCCUUCUGAUGCACAGCUAUGUCUGGUGAAUAUCCCAUGUUUGGGGGUUUAAAACAGCUUUGCUCCACUUCACUGGAAGCUCUGAAGUGGCUUUAGGGCAAUCUGGACAGUUGGAUCAGGCCUAUUCACCCUGAUCUGCUGUCCACAUGGGACAGCAGCAUCCUGUCUUUAUACCCAUCAGCCCAAGAACAGGGGAUGGAACAUGGCCAUGUUGCCACCAUUCCUACCUGGCCACUGACUUAUGCAAUCCCAUCAUGGCCAAAGUUUGUUAAUGAGAAAGAAAACACACACUAAGAGAGGCUGUAGUGGUUUGCUUUUGGCAGAGUCUACAGAGAAGGGCAGUAUUAUUCCUCACUUUCCCCCCAUCUGCAUUAAUUAAAUAAGAACCGCUUUUGCACUUUGAACUCAGUCUAUAGCAACUGAAUACAAAGGGGGAAAGUGGAAGGAGGAUUAGAAAAUGGGGCAUUUUACUUUAAAAUAUUGAAUAAAAUUACCCUCAUGCUCUGUGUGUAAGAUAUAUGUGAGAUUUAUAUGAAUUUCUUGUUCAGAUUCGUCUCCCAUCUCCAAGAUAUCACAUUAUAUAUUUAUAUUUAUUUAUUUACUGUAUUUGUAUACCUCCUUUCGCAGCCUGUCGGCGACUCAUGUAUAUAUGUAUUAUAUAUGCAAAUACAGGUAUUCCAAAAUCCAAAGCACUUCUGGUCUUAAGCAUUUUGGGUAAGCGAUACUAAACCUGUAGAGAUUAGUUUACUGGAUUGGGCUCAAAAUGUUUCCAACUCUGCUCUCAUUGCUAGAUGAUAUUCCAUGUGAUACAGUUAGAACACAAAGUAUUUUGGAUUGCUGCAGUCAUGCAUCUCCAUUGUGCAAAAGACUUAUUAAAAACUGCAUGCUUCAGCCUUCAUGGUAUUCAAACACAUUGGCCUUUAAGAAUAAUUAAAAGGUUUUUGACUAGUGGCACAGUACUUCGUGAUCGAAGGAGAGUGGUUGUCACAGGUAUAGGAUUAGUGUCUCCACUUGGUGUGGGUGCCCAGUUGGUAUGGAACAAUCUACUCCAGGGAAAUUGUGGGAUUAUUGCUCUUGAAGAGGAAGCAUACUCCACUGUUCCAUGUAAAGUGGCUGCUUGUGUCCCAAAGGGAGCCGGUAAAGGUGAAUUCCACGAAGAAAGCUAUGUGUCGAAGUCAGAAAGCAAAGGUAUGUCUUCUGCCACUGUCAUGGCCAUAGGUGCUGCUGAUCUGGCAUUGAAAGACUCCGGCUGGCAUCCACAGUCAGACCUGGAUUGUUUACAUGCUGGUGUGGCAAUAGGGAUGGGAAUGGUUCCACUGGAGGAGAUUUCCAAUACAGCCUUGACGUUCAAAACAAAAGGUUACAACAAAGUCAGCCCAUUCUUUGUGCCAAAGAUCUUGGUCAACAUGGCAGCAGGCCAUAUUAGUAUCAAGCACCAACUGAAAGGACCCAACCAUGCUGUAUCGACUGCUUGUACUACAGGAGCACAUGCUGUGGGAGAUGCCUUUCGAUUUGUAGCCUAUGGCGAUGCUGAUGUCAUGUUGGCUGGAGGAACAGAGGCUUGCAUUAGCCCAUUGUCUCUCGCUGGAUUUGCUAGAGCUAGAGCCCUGAGCACUAGUUUCAACUCAAGCCCCAAACUGGCUUGUCGGCCAUUCCAUUCCCUGAGAGAAGGCUUUGUCAUGGGAGAAGGUGCCGCGGUUUUGGUUCUGGAAGAAUAUCAGCAUGCCUUACAAAGGAGAGCUAAAAUAUAUGCCGAGAUUUUAGGCUAUGGACUCUCAGGAGAUGCUUGCCACAUAACAGCUCCUAAUCCAGAUGGAGAUGGUGCCUUCAGAUGUAUGUCUGCAGCAAUCAAAGAUGCUGGAAUAUGCCCAGAAGAUGUCACAUACAUCAAUGCUCAUGCCACCUCCACUCCACUAGGAGAUGCUGCGGAGAAUCAAGCUAUUAAAAGACUCUUCAAAGAACAUGCCUAUUCUCUUGCUGUCUCCUCAACAAAGGGAGCAACAGGUCAUCUUUUGGGUGCUGCAGGAGCUAUCGAAGCAGCUUUUACUGUUUUAGCUUGUUACCAUGGGAUUUUGCCACCUACUCUAAAUCUGGAUCAAACCGAGCCACCAUUUGACCUCAAUUAUGUUCCCCUCGUACCCCAAGAAUGGAGAAAUGAAAAAUGCCGUAUUGGUCUCAGUAAUUCUUUUGGAUUUGGAGGAACAAAUGCAACAUUAUGUUUUGCUAAUAUUUAGCUUCAUCUAUCAGUAUAUGUAGCUGUUCCAAAAACAUUUCUCAUACUAAUGGCUUGUAUUUAUGUAUGUAUAUGAUAAACCUCCAUGUUGAUGUUGCCCCUCAUUUAUUGAUGUUCUUGGUUCUGAUUUGUGUAAUAUGUUGUUCUUAAAGCGGUUUGCAUUCAGAGUACUUCCAAAAUACUAAAUUAUGUGAUGUUUAAUCUUCUUUAUUCUACUGAUCAAUGUUUUAGUUGACAGACAUAUCUGCCAAAUUCAAUUAUGGAACCGUAUCUACAGAAAGGGUCUAUAACGACAUGACUUUGUUGGUACAUUGGCCAAGUGCCCAGUCUACAUUAGCAAGUAUACUCUUCAACUAAUUUGAAUACUUGUUGACUUAUUGUCCUUCUCCUGGAACUUGUAUAGCAAUAAUUCCAUCAUAAGUGGGCAUAGUAGCCAAGCACGAGAAAAAAAUAAUCAAAGGCUAAGUUAAAUUUUAGGAAAAUGAAGAGCUGGUGUAAGGAGUGCCAAUAGAGUGUUGUGAAUUGAAUGCUUGAUUAGGAGACUAGAGUUUGAAUUCAUUCUUAGUCAUGGAAUCCUACUGAGUGUUCCUUGGCAAAUCACACUCUCAGCCUCAGAGAAAGGCAAGGCUAAACCCCCUUUGAACAAAUUCUGCCAAGAAAGCCCUAUGAUAGAUUUAGUUUAGGGUCGCCACAACUCAGAAAUGACUUCAAGGCUUGCUACAGGAACAUUACAGCAUAUUGUUAUAUCUUUGCUUAAGUACUCAGUAUUGAAGAGCUGGAUCCUUUUACAUUUGUAUAAUAAUAAUAAUAAUAAUAAUAAUAAUAAUAAUAAUAAUAAUAGAAUAGUAUGAAAUGGUGUAAAGUAUGGGUUGUUGUGGGUUUUUUGGGCUAUAAGGCCAUGUUCUAGAAGCAUUCUCUCCUGAUGUUUCACCUGCAUCUAUGGCAGGCCUUCUAUAGAUGCAGGUGAAACGUCAGGAGAGAAUGCUUCUAGAACAUGGCAAUAUAGCCCAAAAACCUACAACAACCCAGUGAUUCCAGCCAUGAAAGUCUUCGACAAUACAGUAUAAGGUAUUUUCUCUUCUAAAGUGACUUAGUUAAGAUGGCCCAUCACCAUUUUCCUCUCCCAUUUAUAUGUGGCAUACAGUGUUGAUUUGCAUAAGGAAGAAUGAAUGGUGCUAUCCAUUUGUGGUCUUCUUUUGCUCCUCAAGGCUAAUCUAGCCUUUCCUGUUUCUUGUGUUCCUGCUGAAUUAUUUUAUUUUCCAUCCCAAGCCAAGGGGCAGAAGAUAUUGCUGUUAUUAAAAGUUCAAGAUCAUAUGUGAGCAGUUGUGGGCCUCAAGGCACUGGAGAGCAUCUUCCAUGAUCCUUUACUGCUGACUGUUUUCUGGGGCUAAUAUAGUCCAUUAACAGCUGGUGAGUCACAACUGCCUGAUAAAGUGAGAAGGAGGAUUGUUAUAAACAAGUAAUGACCCUUAAACUAUUGAAAUCAGAACUUUAAAAUGCUUCUGUUUCUAAAGUAUUAAAAUUUAGACCACAAUAUGCAUAUUCCACAAAUAAUUCCAUAUUACAAACAGUAUUAAUUUUGACAGUGGGAAAAGAAAUACAGAUGCUGGAAAAUUUUAUUUUCAAAAUGCCAUGGUAAGAGCAUGACUCAAAGAAAUGGAAAAAUAAUUUAUUUCAACUGUUUUGAGUUAGUGUGUCUAAUUAUGCAAAUUAUCCUUACCUAAAAGUAAUGUUGUUCAGAACAUCAAAGAAAUACAUGGUGGUCAUAUGCUUUUCCUGCCAAACUCAGCUUUUUGCUAAAAACAGCAAUGUAUGGUGCAUUGCAGAUUGUUACCUACUCACCAUUACUGAUAGUUUAACCAUCUUCCUCUUUCUUUCUUUGUAAUUCAAGUGUGGGUCGAAGUUCAGUUAAAUCAUUUGCUUCCAAAUAAUUUGUAUUUAUGAUUAGACAAGAGGCAGGACUUGUAUGAUACUACAGAAAAUAAAAUAAAACAAAAUGCCAUUUUUUAAAUUAAAAAA